CGUUUAGUUCAGUUCCUUUGUGACCGCGGUCGAGUCGAGUCGUACGGUAAUCUUAAUCCGCAUUCGGGCUUUCGGAUUUCAUCGGAUUGCGCACGGGGGUGUUUCCCCGGUUGAAGGACGGUGCUGCCAGUGUUGGAUCAGAGAUUCAGAGUAGCAUUCGUCUUUGUUGUUGAGCAGCCAGACCUUACCUAAAGUUCAUAUCAGUUUGUGCCCUGCUGUGAAGGUUAAUCUCGCGAGAGGGCUGUUCGCUUUCUAGAUCAGCAGCGUGUGGCGUUUUGACCAGAGUGACGCAAAGAAACGAAGCGAGCAGGGGGUGGUUUUUCGGAGUGUGGAACAGUACAUAGUGCAAGAUGGGGGUCGAUAGUGAAAAGUCGGAAAAAGUCAACAUCGACGAGAUGGGGACUUGUUCGGAGGCAGUUGGCGAUAGCGACACUGAGGAGCUCACCAAGUGGGGGAAAUUUUGUCUACGUCACGGAAUCAAUCCCAAUUUGAUCAUGCUGAAAAUCACGCUGUUCGUCAUGUAUGGAGCUACAUCGUCGCUGCUGCCCUAUUUAACCAUUCACAUGCAGAGCACCGGGCUGACGGUGGAGGAAAUUGCAAUCAUCUACCUGGCGUUGCCAUUCACGACUUUCCUCAGUCCGCCGAUUACAGGUUUCCUGGUGGACAAAUUCGGUCGCUACAAGCCAGUGGUGAUUAUGAGUCUGCUGCUAAAUGCAUUAUUCCAUCACUCGUUGCUGUUGAUUCCGCAGCAGGAAAUCCCCGGCAAGCUACCGGAAGCAUAUGUAAUGAGACAUCCGGAGACGGGAAGCGUUGAGGUAUGGUGGUCUCCCUGUCCGAGUCGAGAAUGUCCCGAGGAAGAGGAAAUCGACAUCGUCGUGGACCAGUGCUUGGACCACUGUCUCCUGUUGGAGCAGAAUCCGAAAAUUGAAGUUGUUCCACCGCCGACCUUUGCGCCCAUUUUGCCACCCUCGGAUGUCGGAGAACAGGACGACCUGGAGCUGUUCAUCAACAAAAAGAUCAACAGGAAAAACAAAACAUUCGACGUACUUAGUAGUGUUAGUUCGAGCACCACGGAAUCCUACCUAGAUAAGCAUAUACUUAACAUGGAGCCAGACUCGGAGGAAAGUGAAGAAAGUUGGGUCAUUGCCGGAAGUGGGGAUUCUGCGUUUUUUGUACUGGACAUGCAUCCGGAUUUGGGCGAACCCAUUGAGCAGCUUGGUAUGGAAAUCGAACACGAUGACAACGAAACGGUAACUGAUUUUAAGACACGCUUCGGCGAAAGGCUGCUCUGGAGGCAAGGAGUAAACGUGACGGCCUUGGAAGAGGAAGAUCUUCGCUGCGGAGGCUUAGUGCUCAAUUCCAAUAUGUCACUCAACAGCAACCAACGUCUGAGCGAACUGGCUGCUGAUUGUAUGGUGCAGAGGUGUAAUUUCAGGAAAAAUGGACCGGAAAUUUGCCCGCCGGAUUAUAAGGAAAGUGACGACAAAGUUUUCUGGAUUUACUUUGGGUUGCGAUUCCUGGCCACGACCAUGUUGUCGGCUGGCGUUACGAUAAUGGAUCCGAUUGCGCUUACCAUGAUUGAGAAAUAUGGCGGAGAUUUCGGUCGGGAGCGGCUCUUUUCCAGCAUUGGAAUGGCAAUUUUCUCGCCAAUCACCGGCAUUAUGAUUGAUUUCUUUUCGAGGGAUUUGGGCUAUACCGAUUACUCGGCUGCCUUUUAUACGUAUGAUGUAUUGCUGGUAAUUUCAUCGAUAACGGUAUUUUUGAUGCCACUCGGAGAGAAACUGCCGGCUGAUAAUGUGUUUAAGGAUUUGUGGAAUUUGCUCAAGUUGAAGCAUGUCAUCAUAUUUAUUUGGUUCCUGUUCUUGUUGGGCAACUUCUGGGGAUUCAUCGAAAGUUUCCUCUUUCUGUACCUCAAGGAGUUGGGCGCACCGAACUAUUUGUUGGGUAUUACAAUCACGGUGGGAACUGUCAGCAGUAUCCCAUUCCUGUAUGGUGCUGGCAAAAUCACCAAGUAUGUCGGACACGUCAAUUUGAUUGUAAUUGCCUUCAUCGCACAUGCCUGUCGAUUGGUUGGAUAUUCUUUGAUCGAAAACGCAUGGUGGUGCUUCCCGUUCGAAGCGAUGGAAGCCCUGUCCUGUCACCUGAUGUGGGUCGCUGCUGCCACCUAUUGCGCUCUGCUCGCACCAAAAAGUCUCCUCGCCACGCUGAUCGGAGUCCUGGGAAUGGCUCAUUUCAGUUUGGGUCGCGGUAGUGGUUCCUUCUUCGGUGGAUUCCUAAUCGGUGAGGUUGGAACCCGCGAAGCCUUCCGCUAUAUGGGUCUGGUGGCGGUGGCAGGAGGAAUCGCCUACAAGUUCAUCCACGCCAUCUGGCUGCGAAAGUACGAUAACCCUGAAUUAGACGAGGAAUCGGCCGAAAAUGGCGAGGCUGAGAAAUUGACGGACACCAAGGAAGGAGAGGAACCGAAAACCAGAGACCAAGGCACAUCGAUGUCACAAGAGCGACUUUCUCUGAUGAUCAAAUACAAUCAGAUAGGCUCGCUUACGUCGCUGCCACGAGGCUCCAGGGGUGACAUGAGCGAUUCGUUCUCUCGCAGACGAAGCAGUUACAACAUAGAAUACGUCCGUGCUCCUAAGGGUGGAGGAAGCGCCUCCAAGGUGGAUCUGCUGAAAUCAGCCCUGGAAAUCAACCACAAAGUAUCCCAGCCACAUCUGCGGAAAGAUGGCAAAGCAUCGGAUCAGUCACUGAACUCCAAACGGGCAGACAGCGCUCCACGUUUGAACCCUUCCAAGAACAUCUCCCAACCGACGCUCGGAGCCGUGGUCGACGAGCACAAUCAGGUUGGACCUCCGUCGGUACUAACCCGGCAGCGGAAAAAGCAUCACCAGAGUGGUAUUCUGGUAAGAAAGGCCAGCAGUCACGACGCAGAUCUGGAUCUUCGCAAUUAUCUGCGGGAAACCGACCGUCGUGACUCGAUAACGGAAGCGGAUGCCGAACACUACAAGGCGGAACUGGCCAAGCAAGCGAGGGCUCACGUACUGAACGACAUUCCCGAGCGUCCGGUGGAACCAAGUGACAUGAUUGGCAGCAAUCCGACGGAGGCUGCUGACGCCAGUAUAACAAGCAAUGGAACCACUGAAAACAAAACUUGAUAGUAAUUAAUCGCUGCUUUGGUACCUGUAUCCCAUUUCUCAUUCGAUAGCGAAAGUUAUUUUUCCUACAGAUCACUGCACUUACUAACCUAACAGUUUUAUCGUUUGUUCAGUUACCUCCUUGAAGGAUUUUUUGUGCGGUUAUUAAGCUGGUCAUUGUUAUUUUUAUUCUUAGUGGCGAUUAAUUAGAUUAUGUUGAUGCUCAAUAGUUUGCCUGUAAGCUGGCCAAUAAUAAAACAAACAAGCAUACUCGUUGAAUGGAA